AUGGGCGGGAAGAAGUAUCGGCUGGAGGAGGUCUUGCCGUUACUGGAGGAGAAGGAUGCGAAGAUUGCGCGCCUGGAGCUGGAGGUACAAGCGUUCGCGGCACGGGCGUCUCACAUGCAGGGCCGCUUCUUGUCCACACUCGAUGCCCUCGACGAACUCGAAGCAAAACAUCGGCUAGAGCUCGACGAGAGCCAACAGGAAAUCCAUCAGCUCCGCACUAACCUCUCUCGGUACAUCGCACGCGUAGAGGCUGCGGAGUCGGAGCGGGACGAUAUGAGGGACGCUGUCAUGCAGCUGGUCGAGAAAGUUGAAAAAUCCAAUGAUUACAGUCUGUGGCCGCACAGCCGCAUCCGCUUGGCAAGACCCGCCGGUAAGAACGCAUCCGCGAGCAUACGAACACGAGAGGACCUGCCAUCCGACGAGGAUCUGCACGCCUAUGCCUCCGCACUAAUCGCGUCUCUGAGGGUGGAGAGAGACUUGGAGAGGAAGGCGCACGCAAUCACGCGCAGGGACGCCGAGCACCGCGUCGCGCUGCUGGAGGCGCAGGUGGCGCGGAGGGACGCCGAGCUGGAGGCAUGCAUUUUCCAUCCGGAACAUAUGAGCAAGCUCCAGGCCGCCGAGCACGAGCCCAAGCUUGUGCCCCUGUCUGCUAAGGACACUAGUCUGAGCGAGGAGGACAUCAUUAGUGUCCUGGAGAUGACCGCGAGGCGGAACCGGGCGCUGGAACUGGAGGUGAAGGAGAUUGCAGCGCGACUGGAGAACGCGCGCGCAUCCUGCUCCUCAGACGGAGGGGAAACCCCGACCAAGCUUCCAGGACAUUCGUCUCCGGCGCAACCGGAACACCUCACUUCUUUGAAUACUCCCCGGGCGUCUGCGCGCCGUCCCUGUGCAGCGCGGGAGAGUAACGGCCUUGCGGCGCUAUCUUCAGAGGACGAGACGAUCCGCGUACCAGAUGAGCGACGAGCCAACGCCUUUGCAUACGCACGUCCGUCCUCGGACUCCGAGGCUGAUAUGGUACCCCACUGGCUGCACGCGCUGCACGAGCAGGUCGCGGCGCUCGGGAGGCAGGUGCAGGCGUUCGGCGAAGAGCGCGACGCGCUCGCGCGGCUUGUCAGUGGCACUAAGCACCCCGAUACUCCCAAUGAACCCCCAGCUGUCAACGACCCGGCUCAUGGCGGGAUGGGACGAAUCGCCUCUCCAGAACAUGGACCGCCGGUGCCUCCGAUCGCCCCGACGAACACGCCCGAGAGGGUAAUGAUAGGUACGUUCUCCGCCGCUCCCAUGGCUUCCGCCACUCGUCCUCAGCUCCCGCACUGCACCGACCCAGGGAACGUCCGCCUUCCGUGCCGCCCGUACUAG